AUGGAAGUGGAAUGCAAAGGUGCACCUCCCUCAAGCGCCUGUGCCUUACAUCAAGGGUCUCUUUGGCUAUUUUCAAAGGCAACUGGACGCUUCACCCGCUUCAAUGCCUUUCUCCACUUCGAGACAGGUGGAGCGUCUGACACUAACUCUAUCGGGGGUACGCUGUACCUUGUGAACGAUCGCAACGUCCCUUUUUUAUGCAUCCUGAUUGAUUCCAAUGUUGUUGUUCGUGACAGCACGAAAGCUGCCGGUGCUUUCUCUAUUAUCCGUAGUGGAAGCAAAAAAACGGUUCUGAGGGCUGCUUCAGAUGCAGAUAAAGAGGAAUGGAUGCAAAUUAUCGCAACAUUAAUACAAGCAGCUGCAGGUUCCACCGCAAGCAAGGCUAAUGAUGAUCCUCCUUGUAGGAAGUUGUCACCAUUUACUUCCGUACAGGAGGAGGCUGAUGCGAGCCAUGUUGCAGCGUCGCCACUCCCUUCAUUGCGGAAGAUACAUGAAUUCACUACAGAUUUCACUUGUUCAAUGAGGGGUGUCUUAUUUAAAAAAAGUGGCCACUUUGGAUAUUAUGCUCAACGAUGGUUUGAACUAAGAAAGGGUGAGGGUCUCUUCUACGCAACGCAUGAAAAUGCUCUGCCAACAUCGUUUCGACGCGUUCCUUUGCAAGGUUUAUCGGUAAUGUUUGUAGCAGCCCAAGGAAAAAUCGUUGUCCCACCGUCAUCGUUUCGUGGGCGGGGGAUGACGCUUAAAUGCCUUCAGGCAGAUGAGUUUGUGAGGUGGCGUGAGGCCAUCCAGUUGGAGAGUUUAAGUGGUACCCCGACGAGUCAUGAAACUGAGAGAGAAGCAACCACUGUGAAGACAUCUGCAUGUGUUCCUUUGAAUGCCUCUGGAGACGUGGCGGCAGCGUGUACUGACUUUCUUGUAGGUGACCGUCCUCCACCCUUUUCCAUGACGAGUCCAGGGGGGAAUUCACUUUGCUCGAUAAUCAUUUCACUUGAGGAAGGGAACUCGGGUCAAGUAGCGGACGCUGCGAGGGUACUUACUGCGAUGGAAUUGCUGGAACUUGAAGAUUUGCAGAGUGAUAUACCAUGCAACUGUUCCCCGAUCACUGAAGGAUACUUGGAAUCCAUUGGAGAGAAGUACACGCCGGUGAAGAAUACUCCUGGUAUAGAGGCAGAGCUGGAGAAGUACCACGAUGAGUGUCUGACGUAUGGAUUCAGGGCUACACUUCAACGAUUGUGGCAGCGUUUUUUUUUACCUAUCCGGGGGCCGUACAACUCGGUGAACGAGCAUAUGGUGUUAUUGGACCUGGACGUUGAGAAACUUCGUGACUGCUUGAAAACUACGUUACACCUGUAUGGCGAGGAGGUAGCUGUGCGGGAUGCUGUGGGGGAAUUGAACUACAUCUUGUGCGUUUACAAGCACGUGCGGGAGCAACUCCUUAUUCGUCUGGAAAUUGCCGCAUUCUGUGAGCAGCCCAAUCAAAGUGGGCUCCCGCUUGGUGUGAGUGGCACUAUAGCUAGGUUGAGCGAGAUGUUGGUUUCUAAUAUUCCUUCUCCAGCCCACUAUGAUGAAGUGAUGGAGACGUGGAAAACCAUGUAUCAGGCACUGUGUACGUUUCGCUUGGAGUUUGACGUCUUUGACGAGAGUGAGGAAACUAUUUUGACGAUGGAAAAUGCACUCAAUAGGAUGUGUGUCUGGCUUAAGCAACAUCCCCGUGAGGUGGGGUUCAGGGAGGAAGAUCUGCGGUAA